CCUUCAUUUCUGACACAGCCGUCAUGAAGACAGCAGUGGCCCUCCUGGCUCUCUCUCUCCUUCAUGUGUGCUCUCCUGUUCCGGUCAGCCGCCCCGACAACUGGCUCAGUAAAUGUCGAGCCUCCAACAAUCUCUCCAUCACAGCACUGGAGGUGCUGCCAGGUGGAGGCUGGGACAACCUUCGGAACAUGGAUAUGGGCCGAGUCAUGAACCUCAGCUACUUCCAGUGCCAGACGACUGAGGACGGGGUCUACCUCAUUCCAGACGAGGUGUUUGUCAUUCCCCACAAAGAGACGGGUGUGGAGACCACCUCAGAGAUAAUCAGCUCCUGGCUCGAGCAGAAAAGCUCUACAUCCUUCUCCAUAAAUGCAGAAAUAUCCUUCCUCACAGUGAUGAAUGGCAAAUUCUCUACUGAGAACCAGAGGAUGAAAAUCCAUCAGGUCAAAGACUCAUCAACUACAGCCAGAGUGCAGGUUCGUAACUUCAUCUACACUGUUAAGGCUUAUCCAGACUUCACUCUGGACACACGCUUUGCUCAACAAGCUAAAGAGAUAGCUGAUGCAAUUGAAAACAACCAAACGAGGGCCGCAGAGUAUCUCUCAGAGAAGAUGGUGCUGGAGUAUGGAACUCAUGUUAUCACAAGCGUCGAUGCUGGGGCUGCUUUGGUGCAGGAAGAUUACCUCACUUCUACAUAUGUGUCGGACAACGUGUCACAGAAACUCUCCGUUAAAGCUCAGGCUGGCUUCAACUUUUUUGACAAACUCAAGUUUGACAUAAGCAGUCAAGCCAGCCAACAGAGCUCCACACUCCAAACGUAUCAGUCCAACAUUCAGUACUCUCUCAUUCAAAGCCAUGGAGGCGGCAUACCUUUCUAUCCUGGCAUCACUCUGCAGAAGUGGCAGGAAAGUACCAGAAACAACCUGGUUGCUAUUGAUCGCUCCGGAUUUCCCCUACACUUCAUUAUAAAUACUAACACCAUUCCUGACCUGCCAAAGCCGACAGUUGGAAAAGUGGCUGAUAGUGUGAGUCAAGCCAUAGAGCGGUACUACAAGGUCAACACCCGCCCUGGCUGUGUUGACAUUAACUCCAAGAACUUUAACUUCCAAGCCAACAUUGAUGAUAGUUCCUGCGAAGGCCCCUCUACAAACCUCAGUUUUGGAGGCAUCUACCAAACAUGUGAUAAACUCACUGCUGAUGCAGGUCCCCUUUGUGAUUCUCUGGCCCAGAAAAACCUUGGAACAGGAGACUUCUCCUGUCGUUUACCUUACUCUCCGACGUUACUGAGAUCAGAAGUGAAACAGCAGGCUUACAAUUUACAUGAAUGCUACAAGCAUAGCUAUGCCUGUGGAUUUUUGUGGUUGAAAACUUGUUAUAACUCAGUGUGUCGGGACAACUACUAUGUUCGCUCUGCUCGCAUCAACACCUACUGGUGCUCUGUGAACGGAAAGGCCCCGGACAACUCGGGGUAUCUGUUUGGAGGCAUCUACAGUCCCUCUCUCCUGAACCCUCUCACCAAGGCCAAAAGUUGCCCAUCAAACUUCAUCCCACAAAAUUUCCUCUCGGAUGGCCAAGUGAUCUGUGUGAGUAACGACUAUGAAGCCGGAACCAGAUUUGCAGUGCCAUUCGGAGGCCUCUUCAGCUGUCAAUCAACCAACCCACUGGCAGGAGGCCAACGUCACUGCCCUCCCAAGUUCAGUCAGCACCUUGCCACCGUGAGUGAUGGCUGUGAAAUUCUUUACUGUGUCCAGUCAGGACUGUUCACAGGUGGGCAACUGCUGCCAAUCCACCUGCCUCCUUUCACUAAACCUCCGCUCGUCACCAUGCAAGCCACCAACACAGUGAUGGUGAUGACUGACGGAGACAAGAGCUGGGUCAGAGUGGGUCAGACCAAGAUGUGGAAACUGGCUAAACCAGAAGAAAUCAAGAAGAUUGUUCUUCAAAUUGAUCCAGAAUUGAGUCAGAUGUCUGGGGGAGGAAAGGCAGCAAUAGUCUUUGGGGUGAUGGGUAUGAUGGUGCUGCUGGUCAUAGGGGCAGUACUCCUGAAGAAGAGAAGAAGAGGGCUGUCUAGGUUUAGGAUGGGGAGGGGCUAUGAGGAAAUACAAGGAGAGGUUGGUUGUGAUGAAGCAGAGACGGAGAGACAGCAAGAUGAUGCUUGAGGAAAAAAACCGCUUGGUGCCGUUUGUCCCAGACACAAGUUCUUCUCAUGAGUCAGAUUUUGUUUUUAAGUUGAUUGUAACCUCAGAAAUCUUUUUCAUACGUGCCUUGGGAGAGGGACAUUUUGUUCCAGUUCUUCAAGAGUUCCUGGUUUGAAUCAACAUGACUUUGCAUUGCUUAUUAUUCUUUUUGAAAUUCCAAUUAUUUUACUGAUUAUGAGAACUGCUGAGAAUAGUGA